AUGAGGCCUGACCACUCCACCCGCUUUAAGCGCUCACGCAAUUGUUUCCCUCUUUUUUUCUUCCUUCUUCUCAACAACUUUGAAGAGACCGAGUACGUCUCGCAGCCCUCGCGCAGCCGCGGCGGCGACCAGGUCCGCGUCCUGGAGCGCGACCGCGAGCACGACGUCUACAUGGACCAGCACCGCGACCGCACGCCCGCCUUCCUGCGGGAUGCCGGCCGCCGCGCCGAGCCGGGGCCCAUGGUGCUGCGCCGCCGCGAGGUCGAGUCCUUUGACCGCCACGCUCGCAGUCCGAGCCCGCCGCCGCCCACGCGCAUCGUGGAAGAGCGCAUCGUGCGCCGCGCCCGGAGCGAGUCCCCGCCGCCGGCGAGGGAGCGCUCCCGCACCCGCAUCGUCGAGACGGAGCGCACCGUCAGUCCCGUCCGGCGGAGAGUAGUCGUCGCGCGCUCCCCGAGCCCCACCGUGCGCUUCGUCGAGCACGUCCGCGACAGAUCGCCGUCGCCGUUCUCCGACGACCUGGACCGCGAGCAUAUCCGCAUCGUGGAGCGCGAGAGGGGCCGCUCCCCGGAGCGCUCGCCCAGCCCCCCGCCGCCAGUCAUCAAAGCCCCGACGAUUGAGCGCGAGGUGAUUACGCACUAUACGGAUAUCGACCACGGUAUGAUUCGGGCCCGGCAGCCCAGUCCGCCGCCGCCGCGGCAGCCGCGCACGUACGACGACGUGCGCGAGACGGACAUUGACAUUGUCCUCGACAAGCACCACACGGACGUCGACAUUCGGCGGACCACGGGGCGCUCGGGCAGCCGCAGCCGCUCGCGCCACCACCGCUUCCACGACGACGAGGACGAGGACGACGUGUCCAUUUACGACGACCGCUUGCGCGUCGACCUCGUGGACGUGCCGCCGGGCACGGAGCGGGUGCGCAUGGACGGCGCGGGCGGGGCACGCACCGACACGACAUGGAGCAAGUACAGCGGGGAGCGCCGGACCAAGUUUGUGCCGGACGUGGCGGCGGCGCCGAAGACGACGCCGCCGAGCAGGAGCAGGGAGCGCAGGAUGAGCGUGGCCGUCGUCGACCGGGACCUGGAGAUUGACAUUGAGAGCAGGCGGCGCCGGCACCGCUCGCGCAGCAGGCCGAAAGUAGUAGCACCCCCGCCGCCGCCGAGGGAGAAGUGGACACAGGUGUCGAGGACCGUCGUGUCGCGGGAGGCGAUUGAGCGACUGGGCUAUCCGUACCAGGAGGCGCGGGAUUAUUUCUACAUCCAGACGUUUCUGCCGUCGGAUGCCGUGUCGGACCUUAUAGACCUCUCGGCGGAGAUUCGGCGGGCGCGCCGCCGCGGCACGCAGCGCGAGAUGGAGCUGGAUAUCGAGAUUGAUCGCACGGCGCACCACACUAGGCCGGUGCACCGCAGGAGGCGAAGGUCGUCGGGGUACCUGGACGAGCGCUUCCGGGAGCUCGAGGUGUCGAUUGAUGAGAGGCGGCCGCGGGGAGGCCGGUACUACUGA